AUGUCAACCUUUAAUAUUGCUGCUAGUUACAACAAUCGCAUAAUUUCAGAUUAUAUAGAAGCUGUCAACUCCUUUGACCUUUCAUUUGAAGAUGAAUUUACAAAUUGGUUAAAUGAUAUAGCUAAAAAACAUGCCAAUAAGGUUUACCAUCAAUCUUACAGUCAUAAGAAGAACAUGGUCUUCAUUGGGAAGCCUCUUGAAAAUCCUCUCAAAGUAAAGACAGUAGUUUACUUGUGUGAUUAUGCUGGAAAAUCACAAGUGAAAAAAACUUCUCAGCAUGCUCAGAAAUGCGUCAGAACAACCAAGUCUAUCAAGAUUGGCUGUCCUGCUAGUAUCUAUAACACUAUGGGAAAAAAGUGGGGAUUCUGCUGGGGAUUCAGCUGGAGAUUCAGCUUGGGAUUGAGCUGGCAAUUCUCGCGAAUCGCAGUGGAAUCUCUAGUUCCCUUUUAA